CCCAGCCACCCUCCCUAGUUCCUCCUUCCCCUCCAAAGAGGGCCCCGUCAACCUCCCCUUCUCCCGGUUCCUUCCCUUUCCAAAACCAAUGAAAACGUAAAACACGUCAUGUAAUAAUGGCGCAGGGCCCCGUCAAAAGGACGACAUCAACAGCUCCGGCACACAGAGGUUGGAGCACCAGCAUCCACAUUCCACGUAUGCUCGUAUGGGACCCCAUGGUGGAAAGCAAGCCUCACAGUGAACCAGGAAAAUGACUCCUUCUCGCACUAUAAGAUGGAGGCCAGGGUUCCUUCCCCACCACAUGCCACCAUCCUCGCUUGCCUGCCGGCACUGCCGCGGUAGAGGGGUACCGUCGCCGGCCGGAAUUACUUAGCUUUUCACCCUGAGAUGGACAAUGCUGACGGAACGGAGUGCGCAUGUCGGGUGUCGGUGCCACCGCCGGAGCCUUUCUUCGAAGCGAUGAAAGCGUUGUUAAAGGAAACGUUCUUCCCCGACGACCCCCUACGCCGGUUUAAGGGGCAGUCGGCCGGCCGCAGAGCCGUUCUGGCGCUCCAGUAUGUCUUCCCCAUAUUGGAGUGGGCGCCGACGUACACGAAGGAGUUUCUGAGGUCGGACCUGAUCGCCGGAAUCACCAUCGCCAGUCUCGCCAUUCCGCAGGGCAUCAGCUACGCCAAGCUCGCCAACAUACCUCCCAUCUACGGCCUCUACUCGAGCGUCGUGCCGCCGUUGAUAUAUAGCUUAAUGGGUAGCUCGAGGGACGUGGCAAUAGGUACGGUGGCGGUGGCGUCGUUGCUGACGGCGUCGAUGCUGGGGAAAGAGGUCUCGGCAGCGACGCAGCCGGGUCUCUACAUGCGCCUGGCCUUCAGGUCUACCUUCUUCGCCGGAGUGUUCAUGGCCGCCCUUGGAUUUCUCAGGCUGGGGUUCAUGGUGGAUUUCCUGUCGCAUGCGACGAUCGUGGGGUUCAUGGCGGGGGCGGCGACUGUAGUCUCCCUGCAGCAGCUGAAGGACUUGCUGGGGCUGGAACGCUUCACCGACGAGACCGACCUCCUCGACGUCCUGCGUUCAGUCUUCUCCCAGAUUCACCUGUGGAGAUGGCAGAGCGCGGUCUUUGGCUGUUCCUUCCUAGUCUUCCUCCUCCUCAUCCGCUACAUAAGCAAGAAAAAGCCGAGACUGUUCUGGAUGUCAGCCAUGGCUCCACUGACCUCAGUCAUACUUGGAACCCUUCUUUCCUACCUCACCCACGCCGACGAACACGGUAUCCAAGUGAUUGGGACCCUCCAGAAAGGAGUGAAUCCACCAUCCAUUAGCGAGCUAACGUUCUCGUCUCAGUACUUGGGCCUCACCGUUAAGACCGGGAUCGUGAUCGGCAUCGUUGCCCUUGCCGAGGGGAUUGCAAUUGGGAGAACCUUUGCGAUGUUUAAGAACUAUCAGAUUGACGGAAACAAGGAAAUGAUAGCUUUUGGGACGAUGAACAUUGUUGGGUCAUGUACUUCCUGUUAUAUAACCACAGCACCAAUCUCGCGCUCGGCGGUGAACUUCAACGCUGGUUGUAAGACUGCAGCUUCCAACAUUGUGAUGGCCACUGUUAUUAUGGUAACGCUGCUUUUGCUGACACCCUUGUUCUACUAUACCCCCCUUGUUGUGCUCUCCGCCAUCAUCACUACUGCAAUGAUUGGCCUCAUCGAUUAUGAGUCAUUCAUCCAUCUCUGGAAGGUUGAUAAAGCCGAUUUCGUUGUCUGCGUAGUUGCCUUCCUUGGGGUUGUCUUUUGGAAUGUAGAGAUUGGCCUCAUCAUUGCGGUUGCUCUGUCUGUGGUGAGACUUAUUCUCUUCAUUGCAAGGCCUCGAACUUCAGUUCUUGGCAGUAUCGCCGACUCUGAAAUCUACCGAAGUCUCAUCCAGUACCCAACUGCCACACGCAUUCCUGGCAUUCUUGUCCUUCAAAUUGAUUCACCAGUGUACUUUGCAAAUGCAAGCUAUCUGAGGGAAAGAAUCUUAAGGUGGAUUGAUGAGGAAGAGGAUAGGCUUAAAGCUUCUGGAGAGGACAUCCUCUAUUAUGUGAUCCUUGACAUGACUGCGGUGGGAGACAUCGAUACUAGUGGGAUAAGCUUGCUACAGGAGACCAAAAAGAACAUGGAAAGGAGGGGACUGAAGCUUGCAUUAGCAAACCCUGGAAAAGAUGUAAUGGUGAAAUUGGUGAAUUCCACAUUCGUCGAUUCACUAGGCCAAGAAUGGUUUUUUCUUACUGUGGAAGAAGCAGUAGCCGCUUGCAAUUUUAUGCUCUGCAAAACUUGUAAACCUCCAGAAAUCACCAAAUCAAGCACCAUUGACAUAGAUGAUGCUCAUUCCAACGUCUAAUGGUGCAAACAUUCGCCAUGAAUUUGUUGUCAUUCCCGAGCAGUAAGCACUGCAGAAUCAGAUGUGUCUUGCAGUGUACAGAGGUAUAGUUGGUUCCCUAAAUAUUUGUGAAGGUUUGAAGUUUAGUUGUCAUCUUUCUGGCUAA